UAGAACGGCUUGGUUCCGCAAGGGUUGGGUUCGCUAGUGACUAUUGCCAGUGGGCAUACCGUGCCCGGACGACCAACCUGCUGGAGAGGCCUGUCUGUCCGUCUUUCUGUCUGUCUGUCUGUCUGUCUGUCAGUCCGCGUUGCCACUCCGUGCGAAUCGACCGAUCGGUCCUUACAUCAGUACGCCGUGUGCCGUCGAUCAAGCCGAACUGUUGCGCUUGCAAGGAUCCCGAAUUCCAGGAAGUGGGUGUGUGUGACUUGCGUGUGUGAUUUUUUAAAGGGUGCAAUCGAGCAGGAAGUGUGCAAUCCUCAGUGAGUUAAUCAUCUCUGGACAUUUGGAUCCUUUGGAAGUUGUAGUAGUGGUUGGUGGAUAGUAGUAGUAGUAGUAGCGAUGGAUCAACCCGUCUCGUCGAAUAGUGGUAGUGGUAGUGGAAGUGUCCCGCAAGUGCCCAUAUGCUCCGCCAGCCAGUCGGAGAUGCUGAGCCCACUGUACAUGGAGGCGUACUGCCAGUCGCUCGAGCAGCCGGAAUCGUUCUGGGGCGAUCUGGCGGAACAGCUCAUCGAUUGGGAUCAACCGUGGGAGAAAGUGCUGGACAAUAGCAACAGCCCAUUCACGAAGUGGUACGUUGGAGGAAAGCUCAACGCUUGCUACAACGCAAUCGACCGCCAUGUGCUCGCCGACAAGGGCAGCAAGGUGGCGCUCAUUCAUGAUAGUCCCACCACCAACACGGUGCGCCAUGUGACGUACAACGAGCUGUAUGAUAAGGUGUCCCGAUUAGCGGGAGGAUUGCGGCGGCUGGGCGUCCAGAAGGGAGACCGGGUCGUCAUCUAUAUGCCACUGAUACCGGAAGCCAUCAUCGCGAUGCUGGCCACCGCACGGCUCGGUGCCGUUCAUUCCGUCGUGUUUGGAGGAUUUGCGGCGAGCGAGCUGUGCACGCGAAUAGAGCAUGCCGAGCCGAAGGUGAUCAUUGCCGCGAACUGUGGCGUCGAGCCGCACAAGAUCAUCUACUAUCUGGACAUCCUGCACGAGGCGGUCGCAAUGUCGCGCUGGAAGCCGGCCAAGAACAUCAUCUACCGACGGGCGAACAUCCUGAUGUCGGAUCUGGACGAGACGUGGGACAUUGCCUGGGAGAAUGCGCUCGACACUGUGCCGGUCGACUGUGUGCCGGUCGAGGCGAACGAUCCACUCUACAUUCUCUACACUUCCGGGACGACAGACAAACCGAAGGGCAUACAGCGACCGAUCGGUGGCCAUCUGGUCACGCUGAUGUACACGAUGAACACGAUCUACGGCCUCCAGCAGGACGAUGUGUGGUGGAACGCGUCCGACCUGGGCUGGGUCGUCGGCCACUCGUACAUCUGCUACGGGCCGCUGCUGUACGGUGCGACCAGCGUCAUGUACGAGGGCAAACCGGACCGAACGCCCGAUCCGGGCCAGUACUUUCGCAUCAUCGAUCAGCACAAGGUGUCGGCCGUGUUUUCCGUACCGACCGCCUUUCGCGUCAUCCGGCGCGUCGAUCCGGACGUCACGUAUGGGCGGAAGUACAGCUUGAAGUCGCUGCGCGCCAUCUUCAUCGCCGGGGAGCACUGUGAUCUGGAAACGAUGAAAUGGAUGCGCAAGACGUUCAAGGUGCCCGUGCUGAACCAGUGGUGGCAAACGGAGACCGGAUCGGCCAUCACGGCGACCUGCGUCGGCUUUGCGCAGAACCUACAGACGCCCCCGUUCACGACGGGCCUGCCGUACUGCGGGUACGACAUCUACGUGCUGGACAAGAACGGCCACGAAGCGAAACCGAACGAGCUGGGACGCAUCGUGGUGAAGCUGCCGCUGCCACCGGGCAACAUGGCCACGCUGUACCGCAGUGACGAGCUGUUCCGCAAAACGUACUUCCAACGGUUUCCGGGCUACUACGACACGAUGGACGCCGGGUAUAAGGACGAGAAUGGGUACAUCUACGUGACGGCACGGGACGACGACGUGAUCAAUGUUGCUGGCCACCGUAUCUCCACGUCGAGCCUGGAGGAUGCGAUCCUGCGGCAUCCGGACGUGGCCGACGCGGCCGUGUUCGGUGUGCCCGAACCGACCAAGGGCCAGAUACCGCUCUGCCUGUACGUGACCAAGGCGAACGUGUCCAAGCCGGCCGCCAAGAUGUCGGUCGAGCUGAUCAACAUCAUACGGGAGGUGAUCGGACCGAUCGCAGCCUUCAAACUAGCCGCCCAAGUACAAAGCUUACCACGCACCCGAUCCGGUAAGAAAACGGGAACCACCACCACCACCAGUUGCCAGUUCGGUUCGGUUCUAACGUCCGCUCCUCUUUUCCUGCUCCUUCCACAAAAAAAAACAGGCAAAACGUUACGCAAAGCGAUGGCUGACCUGGCGGCCAACAAGCACAUCACCAUACCGGCCACGGUCGAGGACGCGACGGUGUUUGUCGACGUUAAGCGCGCGCUGCGCGAGCUCGGCUACGCGAUGGCCGCGCCCGAUCCGGAGCUGCGACAAACCGUAAGAUGAAGGAUGACGGCGCAAUGAUUUUUUGUUCGGUAUUUCGGCACGCCACCACCACCACCACCACCA